AUGGAGAGAGGAGACAUUGUGCUUGCACGUAUAACAUUUUUAGAGGCUGCGAAACAGAUCCAAAUUUGGGAGAAUGUUGUAUUCCUCGACGAGACUUGGUUGAACGCUAACCAGACUGUCGGUAAAAUGUGGACAGACAACACCGCUCAUUCCUCCACAAAAGUACCGGAAGGAAAAGGCGAGAGGCUAAUCAUAUGUCACGCUGGGAAUGCAAAAGGGUUUAUACCGAAUGCCCUUCUAGCAUUUAAAUCCAAAAAAACGGGCGACUACCAUGAAGAAAUGAACGCCGAUAAAUUUGAAGAAUGGUUUGAAAAUAAUUUAUUAAAUAAUUUAACAGAACCUAGCAUAAUAAUAAUGGAUAAUGCGAAAUACCAUUCCCGGCAACUUAAUAAACCGCCUACCUCGCAAAAUAAUAAAGGUACCCUUGUGGAAUGGUUGAAAAAAAAUAACGUGGAUGCCGAUAUGUCGAUGUUGAAGGAGAAAUUGGUGCAAUUGGUAAAAUUACACAAGUCACCGACGCCCACCUACAAGCUUGAUGAGAUGGCAAAGGAACGCGGGCAUCGAGUCCUAAGAUUACCGCCAUAUCAUUGUCAGUACAAAGCGAUAGAAUUGAUUUGGGCUCAAAUAAAAGGUUAUGUAGCCAAAAACAAUAUGUCUCCACCAUUCACGGCAAACAAAAUGCUUAAAUUACUGGAGGAGGCAUCCCAACAUGUAACGGCAGAAAAUUGGAAAAAAGUAGUAGAAAAAACUCAAAAAAUUAUAACAGACGACUGGAAUAAAUAUAUCCGGAUUGACCGAAUUACGGACCAACAACUUAUCAUUGUGGUUGGAGAAGAUUCCGAUUCCGAUAUGGACACAAAUUCAGACCAAGAGUCAAGUUCUGACAGUGAUAAAUAA